CGGCGGCGGGAGUAGGUAUACCGUCUUGCGGACUACACACAUAACACGUAAUAAUAGUAAUAAUACUAUCAGUCUGCAGGUAAUAAUAUUAUUAUCGCGGCCUAUCACCCAUUAUAAUAACCGCGGCGGUCGUGUUGUAAUUCCAUUUACAUCCAAACGUCCGAGCGCCGCACACAUUCGCACACACUCGCUGCGCCGUACCGGUUGGUCGAUCACCGUGCAGAGGAUCCGCAGGUCGCACGUAAUAUAUCGUUGGCGAUUGUUGCGCAAAUCCGUUGGAUUCCGCCGUCGGUCCGCCCGUCAGCCUUUACGCAUCGAUCCGUCCGCGACGAUCGAUAUUUAUCAUAGAUCGUUCUAACCUAACCUGUAUCGCGGUAUAUUUAUACCGUCGUCGUCGUACCUACGCUGCGGGGCCGUUCGUCGUAUAUCCUGCAGGACGGGGAAAAAAUAAAAACCACAAAAACACGCACAAACUCUAUCGAUCAUGGAAGUGGACGAACACGGACCAGUCGUGAAAAUGGGCUCCGGGUACGAGUUGCGGUUCGAGGACGACUCCGAUUUCGAAGAGUCGUACCAGGAGCGCGCCAAGAACGACCUGGGCGAGACGCCGGAGCGCCGGGCCGAAGCUCUCGAGCAACUGCGGAGACUUAUCAGAGAAGAGAAAAAACUUUACCUUCCCACUGACGAAUCUACAGAACUGUAUUUGUUGGCUUUCUUGAGAGUUUGCAAAUUCUACCCAGAGAGUGCAUUCAAAAGAGUGAAAUUUUUGUACAAAUUACGACAGAAAAAUCCAAAAUAUUGCAAUGACCUGAUACCGAGCUUAGAAAAAAACGUCUUUGAGCAAAAUAUUCUUACAGUCUUACCAUCACGUGAUCAACAUGGAAGACGAAUAUUAAUCACAGAAUGUGGACAGAGGUGGAAAAUUAAAAAUUGCUCACUGACAGAGAUCUUUCGCGGCGUUGAGCUGGUGAUAGAAGCGGCCAUUCUCGAGCCUAGAACUCAAGUGUCAGGCACUGUGCUAUUGGUAGACUUUGCUGGUCUAACUGUGAAUCAUGUGUGGCAAUUCACACCAAACUUCGCUAAAAUGGUUUUGGACUGGAUACAAUAUUCAAUGCCAGCAAGACUUAAAGAAGUGCACAUCGUAAAUCAACCGUACAUAUUCAACAUGGUGUUUGCUAUGUUCAAACCAUUUAUGCAAGAGAAAUUGAGAAAUCGAAUGCUUUUGCAUGGUUAUGAUCACACGUCAUUAUUAGCACAUCUGGAUGCCAAAUGCUUACCCACAAAAUACGGUGGUCUCAUGGACAUAGAAACCGACCAAGGCAUAGAUUUAUGGAAUUUACUGUGUUAUUACGAAGACAACUAUAAAGUGACAAAUGAAUUUGGAUACAAAAAGAAGAAAUAAUAUCCACAAUAUGUUAUGAAACUCAGUAGACUAGACUCCUUUUUUUUUUUUUUUUGUUAUUUAAUAUAAAUGUAGAUUUUAACUAUUUUUUAUUGGAUUAUUGACCAAAUAUAAAAAAAUUUAAAUGUAUUUUUUUUUUUUUUUAAUACCUAAUAUUACGAGUGAAUUGGUGUAUUUAUUAUUUUAUCGAUUUAUUCAAAUGUAUUUAUUAUAGUAUAAUAACUUUCAACACAAAUUAUUGAAUUAAAUCAAAUUAUUAUUUGAUUGAUGAUUAUUUUUUUCGGCUGUGUGAAAUAUUUAUAAUCUGAUUACAUAUUAUAGUACUUAGUCAUACUGCAAUAAUGUGUAAGAAUAUCAAUUUUGAAAUUAAAUUGCAUUACAUUAAAAUAAUAAAACCCUAAACGUUUUUCUCUUA